AUGAUAUAUAUCUUGAGCAGAUCUGACUUCGCAAGCAUGGAGGGGACUCCGAAAGACACCGUCAGUAGGUACAAGAUCAUGAACGGAAGAAAGUCCAAACAGAAAUUGUUAGUUCAAGAGGCUGUAUUAAGCAUCAAUGUUAUCGAAUUAGUGAUUCACCAGAUAAUUAGCUUUAUCAGAACUAAGGUUUGGAUAGAGACCAAUAUUGGCAGACACAUUGGAAUAAAUGUGUGCUGUGUAUUAUACAACCUUGAACCAUUUACCACCAAAUUCAAGAGAUUAUGUGUUGAAAUGAUUGUAAAAUCUUUCGUUUUCAGGUCAUGCUUCUCUCGGAUAGAUUUCAAAGGUAAAAAUACUGCUAUCCUAGAGAAGGACGAUGAAAUCAUCUCUGCAGCAUCUAUAAGAAUACAUGGAACAAGGAUGGCAGAGAUGCCAUUUGUGGCAACCCCAACUGAAGUUUGGGAGAAAAGGAUUGCUUCAAAAGCCGUAACUAGAUGCCAUUGA